AUGACCAUUGUGCCUUUACCCUUUGAGAUCGCACAUUGCUCAUCCUGGGACGACGACCAUAGCCCCGAACAGCUGGUUGCUUCCAGUCCAGGCAAUCGUAAAGGAUCUGAUCGACUUGACGACACCGUUGACAUUGGCGACACCGAUCGUAUACCCAGCAACAAAGUCAAAGGCUGGCAGACACCAAAAUGCCCCAAUUAUCCUCAAGAUCUCAUCAUCCGCUUAUUAUGUGGUCCUGCUCGCAUCUCCAAAGUCCAAAUCCUCUCCCAUCACUACAAGAUUGCAACAAAAAUCGAUGUUUACAUCGGCAUUCUUAAAGAUGCUAUUGAAGAACUUGAUCCAAUCGCUCCCAACGACGAAGAUGAAGAUGACAUGUUGAUUGAAUUCACUCGACUUGGCUACGUUUGUCUCGAUAACAACACACGUGCUCAGUACCGUGCUCGUGAAUUGAAAUCCAUCAAGGUCAAUGCUGACGGUGAAUACGUUCGAUUGGUCAUUCGCAACUGCCACCGUAAUAGGCUAAACACUUACAAUCAGGUUGGCAUCCUUGCCCUGAAUAUUCAAGGUCAACCAUUGCGUCAGGAUCCUCAUUGUGCAGCAGCAGCAGCUAUUCCUGGUCAUAUGGCACAAUACCUGCAGCAUCCGCUUGAUGAAGCAACUUCAGGCAUCAUCGAUAUUGAACUUCAACAAUGGAUCUCAGCUCUUAUUCAUGCUGAAGAACAAGCAGCACAACAUGAAUCGUACCACGUUGCCAAGGUGUACAAAGAUCUUAGUGACCGACUAUCCGAAUUCGGCAAAAUGGUGAUCGAUUUGGAAUUGAGCAAAAAGCAUGCUGUCGAAUCCAAGGAUUAUGAUGAAGCUGAAAAGAUAAAGGCUGAUAUUUGUGAAAUCAAGCAUGCAGCCGAGAAGCUAUUGAUUCGCGCCAAUAUUCGUAUCACCCAUGAUGGCCGUAUUGCUCCAGCUGACAGCAACGAUGAUGAGAUUGAUGAUGACCAAGUAGACGAAGCACUUGCCAGUGGAUCAAUGGUUGCACCUUACCCCGAUGAUGAUGUACCUGCCAAACACGGUAUGGAAGAGUGCACAUUAAUCGACAAUGAGCAAAGCAUGCCACAAGACGACCUUUACGACGAGGCGAUUGAGAAAUGGACAAAUUUUGAUGCACAUGCAGCACCUCCUUCAGCUGGUGAUCAAAGCUCACCCACAUCAUCACUCUCCACCAACGCUGCUGAAAUGUUGCUUCCACCUCAUUUGACAUCGUAUGGUCAUGAUACCACUCUUAUUGGUCGUGAUGCUGAAGAAGAAGAUCAUGCCCAAGUAAAGGAAAAACCAGCACAUCACCAAGUCUUAUCACCCUCAUUGUCAGCUGCCGUUGCCAAAAAGCACUCCUUACGUGGAGGUGGUUUAGAUGCAGUGGGCCCUGCACCUGCAGCAUCAGCAGCACCUAUCGCACCAGCCAUUGAAGAAGAGGAAAAACAACCUGAACCAGAGGCAACACCCAUCGAUCCAGAAUGCAUGCCAGAGCCAUUGAUUGAUGCUGAACGUUCCAAUUGCCGUAUUCCUAUCCGUGUAUUUGGUGAACAGGUCGUUGCAUGCAUUCUUAGCGUCAAAGUCAAGUGCAGAGAACAUGGAUUGAACAGCAUUGCCGAUACAGUUAAAUCAGCAUGUUUGUUGGCCGAAACGAAUCAACUCAAUCAGCUUGAAGAUCUCAUGAUGCAUCCCAACGAUGAUGAUGGUGAUAGCAACGAUUCAGCCAUGAAUGAGGAAUAUGAUGAUGAGACUUGCCGUAACGCUCUAUUCAUUCGCGCAUCGCUCAUGAUGAUUCAAGAAGCUAUCAUGGAUUCACGUGAACAUAUUAUCAAUCUCACCCUUGGCAUUUGGCGAGAUGUGAAUGAUCUAUGUGAUGUGGUGCCUCACGCAUUGACAUUUGGAUAUAUGGAACGAGCAUUCUCGGGUCUACUGAUGCGCACCAAUGAUGCCAAUACUCGUAUCCGCUCAAGUGCAUCCGAACUCGUGCUUGAAUUGGCUAGCAAGUUCCCUGAAUCACCCCAUUCUUUGUUGACCAUGUUUAUCGGCAAGCCCGAUCGUGUGAUCCAUAAUCACAAGGACGCCCGUGCACGUAUUGAUCUUGUAUCUUCUGCAGUCUCCUUUUUAUGCAUUCAUACAGCAGAUAACAAGGCGGGUCUCAUUCCUCUCGACACGCUUAUGGACUUUGUUGUCACCUACCUCAACCAUUCGCAUGAUGAAGUACGCAAGGCUGCAGUUGAAUUGGUUAUUGAUAUCUCUGAGCAAGUCGGCUUCCAAUCCGUCAGCAAGUACAUUGACAAGGAUUUGCGUCUUUCCCUGGCAGAGACGGUCAAAAAGGUUGCCGAAAGCAAUGCCCCUGCCAAUGACAAAAAGACCACAACCAAGAGCAAGAACAACAACAAUAGCUCGUUUGGUGGUGAUGGCACUGUAGCCGAAUUACGUGCUUUGGCUGCCAAGGCUACCAAGGUACCUGCAUCCGAAAAGAAAUCAGCCACUGCUACUACCAAGGCUGGCACAGUUAAGAGGAAACCAGCAGCUACCACUAGCGAGAAAAAGACCACUACACGUGGCACAGCUGCUACAAAGAAGACCACCACUCCCACAUCCACACGUACUGCUCGUGGCACCACAAAAGCAACCAAGUCCACCACUGCACCAGCACAACAACAACAAGAUCCUGCAGCCGACGCCAAAAACAUGUGCAUCUUUUGCGAAGAGGUCAAUGCCAACUUUAAUGAGGAUACGCUUAUCUCGCAUUACUAUGACUCAUGUCCAGUUUUGACAAGUUGCGUGCGAUGCCAAACAAUUCUUGAAAUCUCGACGCUGCAUGACCACACUUUCACUGACUGUGCCAAGAGACAUCUCAUCAAGCAGUGCACGCGUUGCAAACAAGCCAUCCCAGUUGAGCAAUGGCUUCAACACACCCUCAAAUCAAACUGCAAAGCUCUCAAUGACAAUGAUGUGUGUUGUCCUCUUUGUAUGACAGCUAUCGACCCACCCACGGAUAGCCAAUGGAGGGCACAUUUGCUUAACGGCAACGGUUGUCCCAAGAACCCUCGACAAGUGCGUCGUGCAGCACCAGCAGCCAAUACAACCACCAAAGCAACCAAAACAGCUGCCACCAGGUCUGAAGCAAAGACGUCAACUCGACAAGGCACCAAGACUCCAAACUCUUCCCUGAGACGGAAAAAGUAG